GCACAGUGCAUGCCAGCAUUGAAGAUCCCACUUUUCAAAAUGAAGGAUGUGAUACUGAUCCUGUGCCUCCUGAAAAUGAGUUCUGCAGUGCCGGCGUUUCCUCAACAACCUGGGAUACCAGGCAUGGCUAGUUUGAGCCUUGAGACAAUGAGACAGUUGGGAAGUCUGCAGGGAUUAAACAUGCUUUCUCAGUAUUCAAGAUUUGGCUUUGGGAAAUCAUUUAAUUCUUUGUGGAUGAAUGGUCUUCUCCCACCACAUUCCUCCUUCCCAUGGAUGAGACCAAGGGAACAUGAAACUCAACAGCCAUCCCUGCAGCCUCAACAGCCAGGACAGAAACCUUUCCUCCAGCCCAACGUUGUCACCUCCAUCCAGAACGGAGUCCAGAAGGGCGUACCUCAGCCUCCGAUUUACCAGGGACAUCCGCCCUUGCAGCAAGCAGAGGGGCCAAUGGUUGAACAGCAGGUGGCGCCAUCAGAAAAGCCACCAACGACCGAGCUACCAGGAAUGGAUUUUGCUGAUCCACAAGAUCCACCGAUAUUUCCAAUAGCCCAUUUGAUAUCUCGGGGACCAAUGACACAAAAUAAACCAUCUCCACUUUACCCAGGAAUAUUUUACGUGACCUACGGAGCAAAUCAACUGGGAGGAAGAGGAGGCCCCGUGGCCUAUGGAGCCAUAUUCCCAGGAUUUGGAGGCAUGAGGCCCAGCCUUGGAGGGAUGCCCCAGAACCCAGACAUGGGUGGGGACUUUACUCUGGAGUUUGACUCCCCAGUCGCUGCAACCAAAGGCCCGGAGAAGGGAGAAGGAGGUGCACAAGACUCCCCUGUGCCGGAGGCCCACCUAGCCGAUCCAGAAAGCCCAGCUCUCCUUUCAGAGCUAGCACCUGGUACCCUCGGAGGGCUCCUUGCUAAUCCUGAGGGCAAUAUUCCCAACCUGGCAAGGGGCCCUGCAGGGCGCAUCAGGGGAUUCCUUAGGGGAGUCACCCCAGCAGCUGCCGACCCACUGAUGACCCCUGGAUUAGCUGAGGUUUAUGAGACCUACGGUGCUGAUGAGACCACAACUCUGGGUCUCCAGGAAGAAACGACUGUGGACUCCACAGCAACCCCUGACACUCAGCACACAUUGAUGCCAAGAAACAAGGCCCAGCAGCCCCAAAUCAAGCAUGAUGCGUGGCAUUUCCAAGAGCCCUGA